AUGGGCGACUUCGAUCCAACAGUGCCCGUGGACUUUGGCGGCUGCGGCGGCAGCGACGCCCACGAGCGCCCUCUGCCGUACCGCACCGUGGAGGUGGUGUUCAACAACAAGAACUGCUGGGCGAACCUGCAGCACAGCAGCCCCGACCGGAUCCUCUGGGAUCUCUCGGACAGGAUGUACUGGCACCCGUUCGCCGAGCGGAAGUUCUACGGCAAGGGCCUCGCCCCGUGCUUCCAGGGCUGCAAGUUCCCCGACGGCGGGCGCGACGGCGAGUGGGUGGCCGUGCAGCGGCGCGAGCUGCUGCAGGCCCUGCGCGCGGCCGUGCGCGCGAAGCGCUCCCACAAGAACCUCGACACCAGGUGGUUGCGGAUAUCUGGCCUCGAGAGGUUCCUUGGAGCAGGCCUGAGGCUGCGGGCAAAGGUCGAUGUCGCCAGGGAGUCCGAGGUGGCGAGGCUGCGCGAGCAGUAUCUCCUGUGGGAGCGAGCUCUGAAGGCGAAGGUGCCCGCGAGGCACAAGAGCCGUGCAAUGACCUUCCACCUGAAUUUCUACGACCCAAGCGCGGUGUCCAACCAUGUCCUCAACCUCUGCAUGGACAGCGACCCCUCGUUCCUGGAGUGCCGCCAGAAGUCGACGCAGUUCGACGUGGCCGUCCACCUCAGCGCACUGCCGGCGGCGGCCGUGUCGCUCUACGUGUGCGUCUGGCAGAUGCACGGCCUCACGGACAUCGAGAAGGACGACGAGCUGGCCCGCCGACAGAGCCGGCUCGGCGGAGCUGCCCCCCCGCGCCCCCGCGCCCUUGCGCCCGAGCCCGCCUCGAUGCCGCAGCGGCCAGAGGUGUCGGAGCAGCCGCCCGCCUCGCCAGAGAGGCCCAGGAGGGGGCAGCUGACGGGCUUCGACGAGUGCCUCUGCGGCAAGUUCGUCAGGGUCUCCGGCGACGGCGGGAGCCCCACGGCGGCAACGUACGUGGGCUCGAAGCAGGAUGGCAGCUACCACUUCCACGGUGGCGUCAUCGGCAAUGGCCCGAUCCCAGGCUCCUCAGAGGGUAAGCGGAUUUUGAGGUGCGUGUCACCCGCGUCGGGGAGGGCCAUGAUGAUGGUAUGGCCAUUGGCGUGA